CGCUUUUUUGCAUCGUAAAAUUGAUAACGGCAGAAUUUGAAUGUUUUGCCAAUGCACGUGUUAAAACAGUCGCAGUUUAUGGAAAUUAUCUAAUAUUCAAAGAAUUUUCGGUGUUUGAAAUUGGAAAUGCAAGUUUUUAAGACACGUAUAUAUUACAUGGAAAAAAGAAACGAAGAAAAUUUCCUUCGUUGAUUCCAUUAUGGGGUUGUUCCAAACAAUUUAAAGAUGCCUGAACUGACCAUUUUAUUUUUCUCAUAUUUACUUCAUGCAACAACAAGAAUCGUACAAGCAUCUAGCAGGUAUCCGCCCCUAUGAACAAUUUUACCUGUAUCUUUUGCUUGUGUUUGUUUUUUUUUUUUCGUUUCCGAUUUGAAGAACUGCACUUGGACCAUUGUUCCGGAUCGAUGAAUGAAUGCUAAACAAAGACGUUGUAGGUUUUUUAAGCCAAUUGGCUUAAACGAAAUUUAUACGGAUUUUUGGUUCUCACGCCAAGUGUCAUUUAUUGCAAUGCACACACAAACACACAGCUAAUUGCUGGCCAACAAAGAGAGAGAAAAAAAACACACACGCACGUCUGGCCAAUAUAUGACACAAACAAGCAAACAUUUCGGAAUAUUGAAUUUUUUGGCAGGUUAUCAUCUUAAGGCACUAUGAUCGUUUAGUUUAGUUUGUGAUCAGGUGCGUGCCAGAACGUGUGCAAUUGCAAAUUUCGAAAACAUCACGCAAUUUUUUAUUCUUAAAGUCAUCAAAAAAUGAAGACAGUUUGUAAUAAAAGUAAUAAAAUAAACAAAAUGCUAGAUCCAAAAUUGGUUUUGGCGAUGAAGGAAAAAAGCAAGAAUGCGGCUCGCACACGACGCGAAAAGGAAAAUGCAGAAUUUGGUGAAUUGGGAAAAUUGCUACCACUUCCUACCGUUAUUACACAGCAAUUAGACAAAGCUUCAGUGAUCCGGCUAACAACAUCAUACCUUAAAAUGCGUCAAGUUUUCCCCGAUGGUCUUGGCGAAGCAUGGGGCUCAAAAGAGAUGCCAUCAAAUACUCGAGUGCCUACAAUCAAAGAACUUGGCUCAAAUUUGCUACAAACAUUGGACGGUUUUAUAUUUGUCGUUGCACCAGACGGUAAAAUAAUGUACAUCUCGGAAACGGCAUCCACACAUCUUGGUUUGGCACAAGUUGAACUAACCGGAAAUUCCAUAUACGAUUACAUUCACAAUUACGAUCAAGAUGAAAUGGCACGUGUUUUAUCAUUGCAUCCAAAUGGCUAUGCGUCAAGUGCCUUUGAUCCAAACGAAUCGAAAAGUACAAAUCCAACAUUUAACACAGCUACAUUGAACAACAGUCAAGCCUCACCGAACCAUAUGAAUCAAAAUUUCCAUCAUCAUCCGCAUCACCAUUACUCGCACAUCACGCAACAUCAACUACAACAACAGCCAAUCCAAACGCAAACCGUUGAAAUCGAACGCACAUUUUUCUUGCGAAUGAAAUGCGUUCUUGCCAAACGAAAUGCCGGCCUCACCACACAAGGAUACAAGGUGAUCCAUUGUGCUGGUUACUUGAAAGCGAGAGUUUUUCAGAUGGACAAUGGGUAUGGCGAGGGUCAUAAUUGUGUACAGAAUUUAGGAUUGGUUGCCGUCGGUCAUUCGUUGCCAUCGUCGUCAAUCACCGAAAUCAAACUAAAUCUCAAUAUGUUUAUGUUUCGUGCGAGCAUGGAAUUGAAGUUGAUAUUUUUAGACGAUCGUGUGUCGCAGCUCACCGAAUUUAGCCCACAAGAGUUGAUUGAAAAAACUUUGUAUCAGUAUAUUCACGCAGCCGACGUUCAACAUAUACGAGAUUCUCAUUUAAUACUUAUGUACAAAGGCCAGGUCACCACGAGAUAUUAUCGCUUCUUAACAAAAUCCGGCGGUUGGAUUUGGAUGCAGUCAUAUGCGACAGUCGUACAAAAUUCACGAUCCUCUAGGCCACUCUGUAUAGUAAGCGUUAACUAUGUUCUAAGUAAUAAAGAAGUCAAAGAUUUAGUAUUGAGUGAAGUGCAGAUGAAUUCAAAAUCGCCGUCAUGUACAGAUACUUUGGGUUCAACAAGUUCGAGUCAAGCAGCCACCAUUCCAUCUCCAUCAUCGGCAAUAGCACCAUUAUCAAAUGAUUCCCUGUCCAAUCACCAUCAACACACCCAUCAACAUCAUCAUGGUCGUUCGGCGUCAGUGCCAGCCGGCCAACAUCAUAUGCAACCGGCUCAAUUCCAGCACAUCGAACCACACAUUCAACAACCAACGGUCCAACCAUCACAUUUGCCACACCGUCAAGACCUCCCAGUUCAAUCGAAUAAACUUGAAAAUCAAACGAUGCAAAUGUCCGGCAAUUAUUCAUCCACAAUGGAUCAUUUCGAGCACCAACAGUCAUAUGGUAGCCAAUACAAUUCACCGACCACUGUCAUCCAUCCAACGAUGAACAAUCAACCGAAUGUUGAUUACACAGAGCAAAAUUAUUACAGUGGUUUCUAUGCAAAUUAUAAUGAUCAACUGAGGCCUUAUUCGGCUAGUUCGAAUAGUUGCAGUAGCAGUAAUUCAGAUGCAGAUUCACAAAUGACAUCACACCAACAUCAACAUCAUCAGCAUAAUUUACCGCACAAUAACAAUCAAGAUCAUUCACAACAGCAGCAACAGCAGCCGCAGCAUCAACAACGCCAUUCAAUGCAUCAUCAAAAUAGUCAAGUGCUGAUUUCAACAAACACGCAUAACAACAGCUCUCAUUUGGAUUCAGCCAAUUUGUCGCCGCCUGAAUAUGUUGAUUGUAUGGAUAUGGAUCAACGAGCCGCACACCAUUCAUUCGAAGUAAAUUGCUUUGGGGGCAUCGGAAAUGUAGGCAUACAUCAUUUGGCUGACGAUCUUCAUGCGAAUUACAUGCAAACCAAUCAAAAUGUCAACAGCUCGAACGGCAGCAUUCUACUGAAUGGAAAUGCAAGCUCAGGCGGUAGCGUUUUAUUUAAUGGCAACAAUUUAUCCGGUGCACAAGAUUCCAUUCAAUACACCAGUGUUAUUGUCGAUUCAAACAACUAUCACAUGCCAAACGAUCAAUAUGUACAUUAGGUUUUAUGUUUUAGAAAACGAUUUUUAGUUUGUAUUUAAGUAUACCAAUUCCCCAAGUGACAAAAAUAUCUCUUCCUUUUUUCGGUAUCGGCGGCGACAGGCAAUGAACGAUUUCUUUAUUGCUUAUGUCUUUUCAAAGAAAUGACUUUCUCCCCAUUCAAUAUGCCGCAACCGUCAUUUAUUUAAUCCUCGAAUUAUAGUUCCAGUUUAAGAGAAAAACCCACACACAUUUACUUCGUAGCUCUUAUUUAGUCAUUAAGCUAGGAUAACCGACAAAUCAAAAUUAUUUUAAAGAAAAUAAAAAAAAGAUAAAGAGAAAAUAGAAUGAUUUCACUUAAAAUGGCAAAAAAUAUGUAAAUUUUUUCAUUGUAUAUGGUAAAUAAAUAAUAGGAUUAAUCUUGACUCUGGAAGUAAGUUACACAAUGUAAUGUCACACAUGAAUUUUUAAAAAAACCAACAAGCUAAAAUAGUAUUUAUUUAAAUGAAAGGCAAGAAACCAAAACAAAAAUAGAAAUACGACAUCAAAAAAAGAAAUA